CUGAGCUCUUCUUGAAACCCAUCCAUGAAAAUCUCUCCAAGGCCUCAUCAAAAGUCCACCACCACCACCACCGCCGCCGCCGCCAAUGGGCUUCAACCACCACCGCCGCCGUCUCCAACGACCAGAAUCACGAACAGAUCCGAAUCUGCAAACCCGUACCCGGCCACUUUCGUCCAAGCCGAUACCUCCUCUUUCAAAGAAGUAGUUCAAAUGCUGACCGGAUCGCCCGAAACCGCGAAGCAAAUAUCCACACCCAAAACCCAUAUCCCUCCGAUUAAAUCCAUCCCCAAACGCCAACACUCCACGUUCAAGCUGUACGAGCGUAGAAAUCUGCUCAAUAACUUCCAAAUCAGUCCUGUUUUUGCCUCUCUUACUGCCGGAUUCUCCCCCAGAAAUUACCCCGAAAUUCUCUCCCCCACCAUGCUGGAUUUCCCAACCCUCGUCCUCAGCCCCGUCACGCCGCUCAUUCCCGACCCCUUCCGCCGAUCGCAGCCGUUGAAUUGUGAACCGUCCAACAACAUCACUAUUAAUCCGCCGGUGGAUGAACAAGCCGAAGCUAAAGCCAUUAGAGAAAAGGGAUUUUACUUGCACCCAUCGCCGGCCACCACCCCCAGGGAAUCGGAGCCGCAGCUCUUGCCUCUGUUUCCAGUCACUUCCCCUGGAGAUCAACCAGCUCCACCUCGCUCUUCUGCAUCUUGAAUUCAAUGGGAAUUUAACCUUUCAAUUUAAUGUUCUUCAUUUUUUUUUCUUUUUCCAAUUUUUCUUCAAUGUCUUGGAAUUUUGAAUCAGUAAUACUGAGCAUAGGAGAACACAAAAAUCUGUAAUGCCGUUUAUUUGCAGAGAAUUCAAUGAAAAAUCCCUUUGCUCCAA